GCGGGGGGGGGCGCGGAGCGGGCGCGGAGCGGGGGCGGCGCGGCGGGCGCGGAAGAUGGCGGCGGGCAGGCGCGCCCCGCGCACCGGGCUGCUGGAGCUGCGCGGCCCCGGCGGGCAGUGGUUCCGCGUCCUCCUCAGCCUGACCGAGGACGUGCUGGGGGUGACCCCGGCCGACGGCCCCGGCCCCGGCCCCGGCGAGGCCCCGGCGGCGCAGCUGAACGGCGGCGAGCCGGGCUCCGCCGUGCCCGAGGCGCUCGCCAACAUCAGGCGCACGGUGCGCGUCGUCAAGCAGGACGUGGGGGGGCUCGGCAUCAGCAUCAAAGGUGGCCGAGAGAAUAAAAUGCCCAUCUUGAUCUCCAAGAUCUUUAAGGGGCUGGCAGCGGAUCAGACCGAGGCGCUGUACGUGGGGGACGCCAUCCUCUCCGUCAACGGGACCGACCUGUCCGAGGCCACGCACGACGAGGCAGUGCAGGCGCUGAAGAAGACGGGCAAGGAGGUGGUCUUGGAAGUGAAGUACAUGAAGGAGAUCUCCCCCUACUUCAAGAACUCCUCCGCGGGGGCCACAGUCAGCUGGGACCCCUCUCCUGCCGCCCUGCAGAAGCGGUCGUCCCCCCUCCUGCCCCCUCGGGACCUCCGGGAGGGCAGGACCGUGCCUCUGAAGAUGUGCUACGUGUCCCGCAAGUGCCUCCCCGCCGACCCGGAGCACAGGUACCUGGAGGUGUGCUCGGCGGACGGGCGCGUUGCCCUCUUCCUGCGGGCGAAGGACGAGGCCACGGCGCAGUCGUGGCUCAGCGCCAUCCAGGCUAACGCGGGCGCGCUGCUGCCGCGGGUGAAGGAGGAGCUGCGAGCCCAGCUGGCGGGUGCCGGUGCGAUGGCCGGACGGGACAUCAAGCACGUGGGCUGGCUGACCGAGCAGCUGCCCAGCGCUGGCACCAGGAACCUGCUGGCCGUCCUCACCGAGAAGGAGCUGCUGCUGUACGGCAGCCUGCCGCAGAGCCGCGACGCCAUGGGCAAGCCCGCGCACAGCUACCCCCUCAUCGCCACCAGGCUGGUGCACUCGGGGCCGGCCAAGGGCUCGGCGCUGUACGAGGCGGAGCUGUCGUUCGCGCUGCGCAGCGGCACCCGGCUGGGGGUGCAGACCCACCUCUUCAGCCUGGAGAACCCCCGCGACCUGGCGCUAUGGACCCGCCUGCUGGUGGAUGGCACCCACGGGGCCGCCGAGCUGGUCCAGGAGGUCUCGACAGCCUGCACGUGGAAGGGGCAGGAUUGCACCCUGUCCAUCCACAUCGACAAGGGCUUCGCCAUCUCCACCACCGAGCCUGGGCUCAGCAAGACCAUCCUGCUCCAGCAGCCCUUCGAGAAGCUGCAGAUGUCCUCUGACGACGGCACCAAGAUGCUCUACCUGGACUUUGGUGGCCCGGAGGGAGAGAUACAAUUGGACCUUCACUCCUGCCCCAAAACCAUCGUCUUCAUCAUCCACUCCUUCCUCUCGGCCAAGGUGACCCGGCUGGGGCUGCUGGCAUGAAGAAGGAGCCGAGCACCGGGCAGAGCAGCCCCAGCCCCCGGCUGAUCUAUGCACCUCCCUCCAGGCCAGUCCCAGCCCCAUGCCAUCCCCAGGAGCCCAGAGCCCCCACGGGGUCAUGCCACCCCCAAGGAACAGCACCAUGCCUCUGGGAAAAACAACUCCCGGGGCGUCUGGGGGCAGCGGUGGGGUGAAAUCCCUCAUGGAUGGCAGCACCGGGACUUCUGCUGUCCCUUCUUCCCCUCGUUCCUCCCACUCCGAUGCUCGGCAGCGGCUGGAGAAGCCCGGUCAGAGCCCGGUCGUCACCCCAGUGCCUUGUGAGAUGAUUAUUUUCUGUACAAAGAACCCGUUUGUAUCGAUGUUUUAUAUUUAUAUUGCCCAGUAUAAAAUGCUGAUGUGGCAGGUCUCGCCUGCCUGGCUUGGACACCCCCCCGGAGCGUCCCCAGGUCCCGCAGCAUGAGGACGCGUGUCUGUCCCCAAGACAAGACAACCCGAGGGCUGGAGCCCGGAGCCAGCUCCACAGCGCGCGAGAGAUGGGAACUGCAGAUCAGCUUUAUUUGCCAAAUUUUUCCAGAUUGUACCGAACGAUAGGAACCACUUUUCUUUGUCGGAGUUGGAUGGUUCGUUUUAUUUUUGCUCAACUCCUGCGUCACUUUAUUUCUCGGUUUAGGGGGGAGCGUUGUUAGGUGGCUGCUGGGAAACAACUUCUUUUAUGAACCAAAAAAGAUGCUGCAUGAAAAUGCCUUUUUUUUGGGGGGGUCAAAUAAACAUUGCAGAUCACAACCAGCAGGAGCCAA